CUAUCCCACUAACGUUACCGUCAGACGCCACAAGUCUAGCAGUACCGUCCUCAGCGCAGUCUGCUUCAGCACCUUGCCUGCCUGGCUGCCUGCAAUGCCCUUGGAUACUGCCGUCCCUCUCAUCGCUACACAAUUUACAUUAUUCUGAACGAGAGAAUAAUAGCUGGAAAAUACUUCAGGACAGGACGAGGGAUACUGGAUUUAUAUUACCGUGUGACGGCGUUCAGUGUCUUUAUUUCUGUGAGCCUGUAUGGGGCGAAUGGAGAGGAGGGUGCAUCGAUAAUUGAGGGAGCAGAGCAGGACUUGCUGCCUGCUGCAGAAAACCUGACAGCUCGGUGGAUUUGGAUUUGUUGCUGGGACCAGCAGUCGGGCGCGGGGUUGCGCGUCAUAUCAAAGGAUUUCUCCAGACGGAGCGCUUCUACUUUUUGAAACCUGAGUUCUAAAAAACCGUCUUGCAUGGAUACAACAUCAUGGCUACGUUUGUAUGCAGGGUACAGUUCUUAGAUGAUACUGAUCCAUUCAACAGCACCAAUUUUCCUGAGCCGACCAGACCGCCUCAGUACACUUUCAGGGAAGAUAUCCCCCUUAUCAAUCAGAUUGCUGGAGUCCACAGGCUUCUCAAAGCCCCACACAAGCUUGAUGACUGUGCCCUCCAGCUCUCCCAAAAUGGGAGCUACCUGGACUUGGAGUCUACCCUGGCAGAACAGAGAGAUGAACUGGAGGGCUUUCAGGAGGGAGGAAGAGGCAAGAAGCACAGCAUCAUCCUCCGGACACAGUUAUCUGUCAGAGUUCACGCUUGUAUCGAGAAACUCUACAACUCAAAUGGACGAGAGCUGAGGAGAGCCCUGUUUUCCCUCAAGCAGAUCUUUCAGGAUGACAAGGACCUGGUCCAUGAGUUUGUGGUGUCUGAAGGACUGACAUGUCUAAUCAAGGUUGGAGCUGAAGCAGACCAGAACUACCAGAAUUACAUCCUCAGGGCUCUGGGACAGAUCAUGCUGUAUGUGGAUGGAAUGAACGGCCUCAUAAGUCACAACGAAACCGUCCAAUGGCUUUACACACUCGUUGGAUCCAAGUUCCGUCUGGUAGUGAAGACAGCUCUGAAACUGUUACUGGUGUUUGUGGAGUACACUGAACCCAACACUGCCCUGCUCAUCCAUGCUGUCAACACCGUGGACACCAAGAGAGGCUGUAAGCUGUGGUCCAAUGCCAUGGAGAUUCUGGAGGAGAAGGAUGGGGUGGACACAGAGCUGCUGGUGUAUGCCAUGACCCUCAUCAACAAGACUCUAGCGGGCCUGCCUGACCAGGACUCAUUCUAUGACGUGGUGGACUGUUUGGAGGAGCAGGGCAUGGAGGCCAUGUCUCAGAGACACCGUAGCAGGAAGGGAACAGACCUGGACCUCAUGGAGCAGUUUAACAUUUACGAGACUGCUCUGCGCCACGAGGACGGGGACGACGAGAGCCAGCCGCCUACCGUGGGUCGGAAGAACCGGCGGCGUGCCAGCGUGGGGGGCACCAACGACCGGCGAGGCCUGGAGAGGAGACGAAGCCGGAGACACUCCCUCCAGAACGGGAGAGGCCUCACCUCGGCCCCCGCUUCCCCCAGCAGCCCUCACUCUCACGGGGGACACAACGGUAGCUUCCUGCCCUUCGGAGGCCAGGGCAUCGACGACGUCAGCGAGAGAGAGGAGGAAGAGGAUGAGGAGGAAGAGGAGGAGGAGGAAGAUGAUGAGAGUCAUGAUAUCACAGAGACCACUAGAAAGGGCUUCCACAGCAGCCAAACAGCUGUAUUGUAUACAUCUAGAGCACCCGUUAGUGCUGGAAGCCGACACAUAGGCCACGUCAUGGUGCUCCCUGGCAGGUCCCAGGGUGUAGCCAGCGCCCCCACCACCCCUGUACACCGCUCCCAGGGUGUAGCCAGCGCCCCCACCACCCCUGUACACCGCACCUUUGCCACCUCAGGGGCCCCACAGCUGGACUCCAAGCCUGACAGACCUUCUCUGGGGAGCUUGUUGUCCUCCUCCUACAGACAACACCAGGAGUCUCUGACUGCAGAGAGAGAGAGGAGGAGACAAGAGAGGGAGGAACGACUGCAGAAAAUCGAGAGGGAGGAGAGGACCCGCUUCAAUCGGGAUUACAUGGACAAGAGGGAAGAGACAAGACAGGCCAGAGAAGAGAGAUAUAAGUGCGUUGAGAGGCUUGCAGCAGAGGAGUAUGAGAAAGAGAGAGAGCGCGCGAGAGCGCCACCUAGGGGGCGCACAGAGAUCACCCUGAGCCUGAGCCCCACCCCCUCCAGUCGCUCCGCCUCCCCCCGCUGUGCCACGCCCUCCUCCAUCGCCUCUCUGGAAGACGCUGGCACCAUUCCAUCCCAGACACACCAGACGCAGGGAAGUGAAGUAGACGUAGAGCCAAGCCGUGACCUUCAGACUAGAACUACAAGUCCAGCGCCAGAGUUAAUAGUAUCAGGACCUUCUCCAGAACCCACAGAGUCCCCCUCCCAAACCCCCUCAGCGCCAGGCGAGGAGCAGGCAGAGACAGAGACGCAGGCAGAGACAGAGACGCAGACAGAGAAGCAGGAAGUAGCUGAAGUUGAGCCCAAGCAGGAAGUACUAGAGCUAGUGGAGUUAGUGGUAGAUGAACAGACACAGGGUAAAGAGCAGGAAGAAAGUGAGGAGGAGGAGGAGGGUAAGGAGGAAGAGAGACAGCCAGGGAAUGAGGUGGAGGGAGAAGAGAAGGUAGAAGAGGAGGUAGAGGGAGAAGAGGUGGGGAUAGAAGAUGUAGAAGUGGUAGAGAUGGAGGAGGAGGGAGAGAGGGAGCAGGCUGCGUCGGAGGAGAGGGAGGUGGAGGAGAGACUGGUCCUCCUCAGUGAGAAGGAGAGGCAGAACGAGGAAGUGAAUGAGAAGGACAACUGUUCUGCCUCCAGUAUCUCCUCAGCCAGUAGCACUCUGGAGAGAGAGGAGAGGGAGGAGAAAGUCAACAACAACCAUGAACCAGGCCAGUGCAUUAAGGAGGAAGACGUGAACGGGCAGUGCAGCAAGAUCCUCAACAGCAAGCGCUUCAUGCUGGACAUGCUCUAUGCCCAGAACAAGACCACUGCUGACGAGGGACGAAGAGAAGGCGGGAGAGACGGAACAGACGGAGAAAUGCAAAGAGGGGAUGGAGACGUCAUCACUGGAGGGUCAGGACGGGUCGUCGGUGGCCAGCCUAGCCAUCGUAUCUCUACACUUGAGGCCAGCAGGCAGGCCUGCGAGGAGAACGUCAAGAAGAUGGAGGUGCAACACCUGGAGAACCAGGGGAGCGUCAGGGCCGUGGCCGAGAAAUUUGGAGACCUUGUUAAAAGCCUUGUGUCGCCUCACGAGCUGGAGGCAUUGGAGAAGCAGCAGGGGCAGCUUCAACCUGAUAAAGACAAAGCUCCUCUGGCCCUGUCCUCCUCUCCCCUACCUCCGAAGAAGGAGUCAGAUUAUAUCUGGGACCAGCUGAUGGCAGCCCCCAGGGAGCUGCGAAUUAAAGAGAUGGACUUUACAGACCUGGCAGACGAGGAUGAUCUGGACAUCCUAGACGUGGACAGUGUGCUGAUGGGCUCCAGUGACUUGAUGAUCCCUCCCCCUCCUCCCUGUCUCUCCGCCCCUGCCCCCUCCCCUCCCCUGGGCCUGUUUGGCUGCCCCCCGCCCCCUCCUGUCCCUGGCAUGAUGCCCCCUCCCCCGCCCUUCAUGCCCCCCGGACCCGCCCAGCCCUACCCGGGGUCCCCCCAGCUGAGCCGAGGGACAGGGGAGCCCCCUCUGUUCCAGAAGAAGAAGAAGACUAUCCGUCUUUUCUGGAACGAGGUAAGGCCAAUGGACGGCCAGUACAGGAACCACAAGCGUUGUAGAGAGUCUCUCUGGUCCAAACUGGAGCCGGUCAAAGUGGACACGUCCAAGCUGGAACACCUGUUUGAAACAAAGUCCAAGGAGCUGCCUGUUACCAAGAAAACAGCAGUGGAUGGGAAACGACAAGAGAUUAUUGUCCUGGACUCCAAACGAAGCAAUGCCAUCAACAUCGGGCUGACCGUCCUCCCCCCUCCCCGCACCAUCAAGACAGCCAUCCUCAACUUUGACGAGUACGCUUUGAACAAGGAGGGGAUCGAGAAAAUCCUGACGAUGAUCCCAACGGAGGAGGAGAAGCAGAGGAUCCAGGAUGCUCAGCUGGUGAACCCUGACGUCCCCCUGGGAUCAGCAGAGCAGUUCCUCCUCACCCUGUCCUCCAUCACGGAGCUGUCCGCCCGGCUGCAGCUCUGGGCCUUCAAGAUGGACUACGAGGUCACGGAGAAGGAAGUGGCAGAGCCUCUGCAGGACCUUAAGGAAGGGAUGGACCAACUGGAGAAGAACAAGACGCUGCGUUACAUCCUGUCCACGCUGCUGGCUAUAGGCAACUUCCUUAACGGAUCCAACGCGAAGGGCUUUGAGCUGGGUUACCUGGAGAAGGUUCCGGAGGUAAAGGACACGGUUCAUAAGCAGUCUCUACUGCACCAUGCCUGUUCCAUAGUGGUGGAGAAGUUUCCAGACAGCUCAGACCUGUACUCUGAGAUAGGAGCCAUCACCCGCUCGGCUAAGGUGGACUUCGACCAGCUCCAAGACAACCUGAGCCAGAUGGAGCGACGCUGCAAAGCAUCAUGGGACCACCUCAAGGUCAUCGCCAAGCACGAGAUGAAGCCUGCGCUCAAACAGAAGAUGUCCGACUUCCUAAAGGACUGUGCAGAGAGAAUCAUCAUCUUGAAGAUAGUCCAUCGGAGAAUUAUCAACCGGUUCCAUGCCUUCCUGUUGUUCCUGGGCCAUCCAGCGUACGCUGUGCGGGAGGUCAGCAUCCACCGCUUCAGUAAGAUCCUCAGUGAGUUUGCCCUGGAGUACCGGACCACGCGGGAACGCGUCCUGCAACAGAAACAGAAGAGGGCCAACCACAGAGAGAGGAACAAGACCAGAGGAAAGAUGAUCACAGAUAGUGAGGAUGAAGAGGAUGGUGAGGAUGGAAAGUUUGGCGGUAGCGCCCCAGGGAGUGUAAGCCAGGAGGGCGUGCUGACGCAGGGUCUGCAGUACGCAGAGGAUGCAGCGGAGCAUGAGAACAUGAAGGCAGUGCUGAAGAGCAGCUUGCAGGGCUGCAGUGACAGUGGAGCGUCCACCGUGCCAGGCCUACGUUCACGCACCAGAGCCAGCAGACCAGGCCGUGUGGGUCCUUGGGGCUCAUCAGUGAUUGAAGACCCACCUAAUUGCACAGAGACAGACGCUGCAGAUGAGAUCAUGGAGCGCAUCGUCAGGUCAGCCACUCAGGGGCCCAGGACACGGACAGAGCCUCGCGAGAGGAAGAGGUCCAGAGCCAACCGCAAGUCACUGAGAAGAACACUGAAAAGCGGUCUGACGCCAGAGGAGGCCAAUGCUUUGGGGUUGUCCAGUGGUUCAGAGAUGGCUGUGUGACAGGAAGAGAAGUAGAGCUGGAUCCGACAGCACACACAGACACCUUGGGAAAACCUCUUACCGCCCCGCCCUUCACUGACCCCUGACCUCUAACCCCUGCUCAUGCAGCCAGCCAGUCAACCGCUGCACCAUAGCUUAGCUUGGUCUUUCCCCUGGUUCAGCUUUAUGAUGACUGUAGCUCACUUUUCUGUCUGUGGUUUGUGCAGGUAGCUGUGACACAGUGUGCCACCUGGUUAAGAUGGUAGACAAUGUUCAGGAAGAGACCAUGAGGAAUAUGGUCCUCAUCCAGGAUAAUAGAUGGUUUUCAGUGGAACAAAGUGGUAUUGGUAUAGGGGCAGUUAAAGGGGUUCAGUGAUCCAGCUGACCCAGCUCCACACACACACACUCAGGUAAAGUUCAGCAUCCAAACCACUACACUAUGCUGCUGUGCCGACUUGAGUGUUUCUUAAUCGUGUUGUUCCAAUCAGUUGUUUCUCCUAACCUGAGGCUGAGGCCUAUGAGGAACAGCUCCCAUCCCAACUGUAAGUCUUAAUCACUUGAUGAAGCCCACAGUGACCACAUGACUAGCGGUGAAUCUCAGUUGUAUUUCCUUGAUUCCUCAUUACUUCUAUCCUCACCUGUCUAUACAAGGCAUUGGAGGACUAGAUCUGAGGUUCCUCCUCCCUAACCUUUUCCUCAAUUGAGAUUCACCCUAUGACUGAACGAUACAAACUGAGACUUACCUAACAAGAAGACCUUUAGCCUCAGGACUUCUAAAGGGAGGGACACGCGAGUGCUUGAAUCACUGUGGACAUGUGUCUGAACCAAAAUGGCCUCGGAGUUGAAUAGUAAAGAAGUUAGCAUUGAUGCUAAAGAAGUUAGCAUUGGUGUUAAAGACGUUAGCAUUGAUGCUAUCUAUCCCCACUUAUGAUGAGCAUGUGUGUUGGGCUUGGUGUCAGACAGUAUUUUUAGUUCGAACACUUUUUGUUUAUAUAAAAAAAAAAUGGCUGUGUCCACAGGCUGUUUUGUUCUACUAUACUACUGUGGUAGUUUUUUGGGUUUUAAAAUACUUUAAUGCGAGAGAAAAAGGUGCUCAGAGAAGGAAUAUUUGCACUGGAUGUAGAAGUUGGAUAUUUAAAGGAAAGGAAGGUGAAAUCCUUGACACACACUGAUGUACCAAUCAGAUAUCAGAUGAAUUAAAGAAUCCACCAGAUAGAACCAGUAAUGAAACAGUAGCACAAUUGAUUAUACGCUCUAAUUUCGGAGGAAAAGUAAACAGAUUCCUUGGACUUUUGCAAACUAAAAUGUUUCCAAUUUUGCGUGUUGUUGAUUCAGUUGGAUUUUAUACAGAUGGAACAAACUGGAAUUCCAAGAGGACACACCAUGAUGUGUUAAGAGGGAAGGUAUAAUUUACUACAUACAAUUCAAUUACUGGAUUCCACUUUUAAAAAACACAUAGCAUAUCAGAGUCAUCAACUUUGGUCAGAACAGUCUGUGAGCUGACAAGUGUACAGACAGGACGAUGCUACUGGGUCCAGACUGACGUCUGUCAAUCACGCGUAGCGAAUGUUACAGCUUUAGCCUAUAGGCCUACCUACAACAUACAUGUUCCAGCUUUAGCCUAUAGGCCUGCCUAGUACCUACAAUUACACACGUGUUGCAUGCAUGACACCAGUGUUACGCAAGCUGCUACUGUUGUUCGCUGCAAAGCCUUUCUUCUAUGGUUGAGACAUACUUAUUGUGGAGUGUUAGAACUGACAGGGAGAUAUAUUUACACUAGUUACAUUUACAUACUCUCUCUUUAAUCUCUGUGUCAAAGAGUUAGGCAACAUUUAAGAAUUUCUUUUUAAAAGUAAGAGAUUAAUAAUUGGUUAUUAUAGAAAAACGAUAUGAGCUUCAACUGAAUGAGUGCCUUUUAUAGACAAGUCUAUUUAUUCAGUAAUGUUCAGGGAGAUAUUUGUUACAGAAAAUGUUACUGUGUGUAAUGAAAGGACUUCCUCCUUAGCUCAAUUCAACAGCUGUGACUUCCUGUUUUCAUUCUUUCCUAGAUUAAUACAUUUCAGUACUAUGUUCCAUGGCUUUAUGUCUUGGAAACAGUUCUCCUCUUCCAUUUGAGCAUUGCAGUUUUAUUUUGAAUCACAACUAAACUAGGGUUAUAGCUGAUUGUCUAAUGACAAUAUUUCCAUUUUAGCAGUUUUGUCACAAAAAAUGUUCUACAAAAAGAUAUUAGUUGUUUCCAUUUGCCUUAAUGUAGAAUUAGGGCAUAUACUAUAUCUGAACUUUCCUACACUGUUGACUUUUAUUGAGGUGUAGUGGUUACAGUCAGCUAGCUAGCUAGUUUUUUUAAAGUGCAUAAUUCCAGUUUACAUUUGGAAUUGUGUAGAGAGUUGUAUGAUGAUUCUACACAGUCACAAACAUUCACUGUGAUGGAAACAGCCAUUGUCGACUAAACAUGAAAGAAUAUAUGCUUGCAGCAACACAAGCCACGCCACAACAUAACAGUCACACACCUAUAUGUCUUUCUCAUGGAGAACUUACAAUUUGGUAUGAAACUAUCCUGCACCUUAUACACCAUUUGUAGCAUGCAUCUUUUAUUGAGGAGAACCAGAACAUUAACAGAACGACAAACUAUAUUCUUUCAGCCUUUUUCUCAGAUGGUCAUUUUGAGUAUUGUAACUCUGAGUACAUGUAAAGUAAUAAUGGGGGAAGAAUGCUGUAAAAUGAUGUAAAUGUCACAACGAUGUGUUUUAUGUCUUUGACUUGUUGGUAUUUUGUAUAGAAUAGUGUAUUAUAGGUUAAACAAAGCAGUGUUAUUCUAUGGAAAUUGUAAUUUAAGUGAAACCAAGCCAAAAGAAAUAUCUACAGAUGUGGCGUGUCACGUUAUGUUAUGGAUAAAGGGACAUUCAUUUGGUUUGAUGCUCAGAGGCUUAGCAUUUGUUAUGUUUUAUUGUUUUUCCUCUGCACAUGACUUGAAACACAUUAGGAUAGACGGAGUGGUCGAUGUAACCACCUAGGGCUGGAUUCAAUCUGUAUCGCUGAAGUUCAGCGUUUUAGCGUGAUUGAAAAUGCUCCUGCAUUAGCAUAGACUGCAUUCAUGGUAAACACUGCAUAUGUCGGCUCAAUCUGAAAUGAAGCAAUUUGUAACGCUUCAGCCCCUAGUACUCCUAUGGAACCUUCAGCAGUCAAAGGCUGCACUCAGUAAAACAUUGCACUCAAUAAAACAUGGUGUGUAUCCCAAAUGGCACCAUAUAGUACACUACUUUUUACCAGGGCCCAUAGAGUCCAAAAGUAGUGCACUGUGUAGGGAAUAGGGUGCCAUUUGGGAUGCAAACCCAUGUUUUCUGUGAUUGGCUAUAUUAUCUCCUUCUCACCCACUGCUGAACUGUAAGUCAGUGUGGGACUUGGACACAUCCAGACUCUGUGAGCUUUUCUUGCGUCUUCGCCCCUCCAACAACAACUGUAUGUAUGAACAUCUUGCAAUAAAAGGUCUCUUAAGAAACA